UCCCUCCCCGUUCCUACAGAAUCUCUAACAGAUGCGCUCAAAUCUGCGGAUCCACUAGGACUAAGUCGAGCUAAGGCAAGGAUCCUGCUGGAUCACAUAUACAAAUUAUCAACAGGUCAGUGCCUGAGGGAGUAACUUAUCUAUGUGAAGGACGAAUUAUAGAGAUGGACAGGUAGUUGAGUUAGUUAACUUAACUGGAUCCCUGGCUGUAUGGUUUAGAGCUGGAAACUCGGACGGUUGCUCUUCUCUCCUGCUGAUGGUGGAUCCCCUGCAGCUUAGACACACCGCAGACCCAGACGUUACUGCAACCCGAUCCCAAGCGCUGCCACGACUGUCCCUGUGUGUGUGUGUUUUGUUCCCAGUUUCCAUCCGAAGAAGUUGAAAAGCUCCGGGAUGCCUUCGAUCUGAAUGUGAACUUCUUUCUUUUUUUUUGUUGGAUCUUCCUCUGUUUACAAAGAAAGCCACUUAGCAACUCGUCUAUCGGCUCUACACGGAGCAGAUCAGGGCUGGAAAAUGUCGCAUCCUCCUGCCAAAUUUAAAAAGGAUAAAGAGAUCAUCACGGAAUAUGAGAGUCAAGUCAAAGAGAUCCGAGCUCAACUAGUGGAGCAGCAGAAAUGUCUGGAGCAGCAGACGGAGAUGAGGGUCCAGCUCCUGCAGGACCUCCAGGACUUCUUCCGCAAGAAGGCUGAGAUCGAGAUGGAGUAUUCCCGCAACCUGGAGAAGCUGGCUGAGCGCUUCAUGGCCAAGACUAGAAGCACCAAGGACCACCAACAAUACAAAAAAGACCAGAACCUCCUUUCCCCAGUGAACUGUUGGUAUCUGUUGCUGAACCAGGUGAGGCGAGAGAGUAAAGACCACGCCACGCUGAGCGACAUCUACCUGAACAACGUCAUUAUGCGCUUCAUGCAGAUCAGCGAGGACUCCACACGCCUUAUGAAGAAGAGUAAAGAAAUAGCAUUUCAGCUGCAAGAGGAUCUGAUGAAAGUCCUUAACGAGCUCUACACGGUGAUGAAAACCUACCACAUGUACCAUACGGAGAGCAUUAGUGCUGAAAGCAAGCUGAAGGAGUUUGAGAAGCAGGAGGAGAGGCAGAUCGGCCGUACAGGAGACCCCGGUUUCAACAUGCGACUGGAAGACAAAACCCCAAGACGCAGCUUUGCUAAGAAGAUCGAGAAGAUGAAGGAAAAGAGGCAGGCAAAGUAUUCUGAGAACAAGCUGAAGUCAAUCAAAGCCCGUAACGAGUACUUGCUGACUCUGGAAGCCACUAAUUCCUCAGUAUUCAAGUAUUACAUCCAUGACCUGUCUGAUCUAAUAGAUUGUUGUGAUCUGGGCUACCACGCGUCUCUAAACCGGGCUUUGCGCACCUACCUCUCGGCUGAGUACAACCUGGAGACUUCUCGUCACGAGGGGCUUGACAUCAUAGAGAACGCCGUGGACAAUCUGGACCCCCGUAGUGACCGUCAGCGCCUGAUGGAGAUGUAUCCCACUGCUUUCUGUCCUCCGGUCAAGUUUGAAUUCCAGCCACACAUGGGAGAUGAGGUGUGCCAGAUCACGGCACAACCUCCAGUCCAGGCCGAAUUGAUUCUAAGGUUUCAGCAGCUCCAGUCACGCCUGGCCACACUCAAGAUUGAGAACGAGGAGAUUAAGAAGACCUCUGAGGCCACGGUGACCACCAUCCAGGACAUGGUGACUAUCGAGGACUACGACGUCUCUGAGUGUUUCCACCAUAGCCGCUCCACAGAGUCAGUCAAGUCCACGGUGUCUGAGACGUAUCUCAGCAAACCCAGCAUCGCCAAGAGACGUGCCAACCAACAGGAGACCGAGCAGUUCUACUUUAUGAAAUUCCGUGAGUUUCUGGAGGGCAGCAAUCUGAUCGCCAAACUCCAGGCCAAGCAUGACCUGGUGAAGAGAGCACUGGGAGAAGGCCACCGAGCAGAGUACAUGACCACAAGGCCUCCAAUCCUUCCUCCUAAACCACUCUGGAGGCCCAGACCUCGUUCCGUUUGUAACAUUAAGCUAUUUAAUGGCAGUUUGGAGGCCUUUAUAAAGGACUCCGGCCAAGUUAUUCCACGAGUGGUAGAAAGCUGCAUUCGAUUCAUCAAUCUUUAUGGUCUUCAGCAUCAAGGCAUAUUCCGUGUUUCUGGCUCUCAAGUCGAAGUCAAUGACAUUAAGAAUUCCUUUGAAAGAGGCAAUGACCCUCUGACAGAUGAUGAGGAUAACCAUGAUAUCAACUCGGUGGCUGGAGUUCUCAAACUUUACUUCCGAGGUCUGGAGAACCCCCUCUUUCCUAAGGAGAGGUUUAAUGACCUCAUCUCCUCCAUCAGAAUAGAGAACCUGUAUGACAGGGCUCUGUACUUGCGUAAAAUCCUCCUCACAGUCCCCAGAUCUGUCCUUAUCGUCAUGCGCUACCUGUUUGCUUUCCUCAACCAUCUGUCCCAGUACAGUGACGAGAAUAUGAUGGACCCCUACAACCUGGCCAUUUGUUUCGGGCCCACCCUCAUGCCCACCCCUGACACGCAGGACCAGGUGUCUUGCCAAGCCCACGUCAACGAGGUCAUCAAGACUAUCAUCAUCCACUACGAGACCAUCUUUCCUGACACCAAGGAGCUAGACGGUCCCGUGUAUGAGAAAUGCAUGGCCGGAGGAGAAUACUGUGAAAGUCCAUUUAGUGAGCACGGAGUCCUGGAGGAUGUGGAUCAGGAUGGAGGUGCUGAGACACACACCAGCGAGGAUGAGGGAGAACCAAUCGAAGCCAUCGCCAAGUUCGACUACGUGGGACGCUCUUCACGUGAGCUGUCCUUCAAGAAGGGGGCAUCUCUGCUGCUGUACCAGCGUGCUUCUGAAGACUGGUGGGAGGGAAGACACAACGGUAUUGACGGCUUGGUGCCUCACCAGUACAUCGUAGUGCAGGAUAUGGACGAUACCUUCUCGGACACACUGAGUCAGAAGGCAGACAGCGAGGGAGGCAGCGGACACGGAGGAGACGAGAAGUCCUCCAGCAGAGAUCUGACCUCCCCUGCCGACAGACCUGACGCAUACAUCAGCAGUAGUCGUCACAGGAAGAGGAGUGACCCUCCAAACCGCAAGCCCCCAGCACGCCCAAGCGACGCCCACUGCAUGGUCCAUCCAUCUCAAAGCCACGGGAGUCAGGGGAACCAUGGUACUCAUGGGAACCCGGCCCACGGCUCACCUGUGCUUAGCCAUUACAGCCCUCGUGAGGUGGUGCGUGGCAGAGGCCCGGUGGUCACAGACAGUCCAGAGAGACGCAGGCGCACGGGUCACCCCGGCCUCUCGGGCCACAGUAGCCUCACCAACAUCAGCCGCCACGAGUCUCUGAAGAAGAUGGAGAGCCCCCCGAUCCGCAGAUCCACCUCCUCAGGCCAGUACAUGGCUAGGGGUCUGGACCCGGAAAGCAUCGCACAGGACAUAGAGGAGACAAUGAACACGGCUCUGAACGAGCUGCGUGAGCUGGAGAGACAGAGCUCGGCGAAGCACGCCCCUGACGUGGUGCUGGACACGCUGGAGCAGAUGAAGAACUCUCCAACUACGACGAGCAGCUCUGCCGAGUCGCUGAACCGUCACCCGCUUCGUCGUAGCACCAGCUCCACCAGCGAUGCCAUGAGCACCUUCAAACCCGCCGUAGCCCCGCGAAUGGGCGUGCAGCUCAAACCCCCUGCUCUCCGUCCUAAGCCUACGGUGGCACUGCCUAAGGGUGGUGCAGCUCAGGGUUCGGCACCACCGCCCCAGGAUGCUCUCGACAAGUCCUGCACCAUGUGAGCCAACCGCAGCUCAGCACUGGGAGUUUUUCAUCGAUUUUAACAGUUACAUCUCAAUAUUCUGCGCCUGGAAGUGGACUGAAGAACCCACGGUUGCUAUAAACAGAACUGACCGAGCAUCACAUCAGCCUGGUGGGUUGUUUAAGCCUCGGGACAUGUACUACUAAUAAUUACACAGGUCAAUAAUAAAUGCCAGAACUUUUGGUUUAAACAUGUUUACCUGCCUAAUCCUUCUUCCUGCAUAGAAAUGUGAACCUUCCUAAUAUGUGGUCUGCAUUAAAAGCCACUCUACGAUCCGAUUUUUGUGCGAAACACGAACCAGUCACAACGUGUAGAAACCCAAUCACGUGGUGUGACGUGAUGUGCGUCUGAUCAUUUCUUGCAUGUAUAUAGACCAGGUUAAUUCGUGAUGUAAUUUUUAGUAUAAGUAGAUAAGGAAACUAUGACUAGGUCAAGCAACUGUAUUAUAAACGAAAGCAACAAAUCACAAAGGCUUCCUGCGUGGUUAGAGUAACUCGUUCAUAGUUUACAUCUAGUAGAGAAAUGCUAAAUGUGAAUAAUACAGGAACAAAGCAGGGUUUAUCGUUUCUUUGUUUACAGCCUCAGGAUUGUGUGGAAUUUGAUUUUCUUUUGUCUCCUAUGGACCUGAGCCUACAGCUGAUCAGUUACUAAGCAAUGGAUGAAUGAAUUGAUGGAUGGAUGAAUGAAUGAAUGUGGUUUACCUGUAACAAAGCAGCACUGCCGCAUGAAAAACUAAUCCUGUCUUUGGUGGUGUCUCAAACAAAAAGCUGCUAAUUCCUUGUUCCGGUAAGCAGUUGCAAGUUGUUGUUUUUUUAACAAAAAGUAGUGUAUGCAUGGCUUUACUUUGAAUCUUAUUUUUUUUAUAGUAACAGUAGUAAUAUGUAUAUACACCAAUUAAAAUAACAUGAUUCGAUUAAUAAGUGUUUUUUGAUAGUUUUUUUUAUAUUUUAGUUUACAUCCCAUAAUAUUACUAUCACCAUGACAACAAUAAAAAAACAAUAGAAUGAACACUGAUGAAAGAUAUAUAUUUUUUUGUUAUUAAUAGAAAAAAAAAAACCUUCUGUAUUCCGAAUCAAAUCUUAAGCCGUUAUGAUACCAAUAUAAUCUGUCCAGUUUAGCUGCCUCAAUAAACUCCACUAUGCUUAAUCUCCACCACGGCUCUUACAGACGGUACAGAACUUCAUGGCUAAUCUGUCAGAUUUCUACCUGUAGAGCGAUUAUGAAAUACGACACUUUGUAGUUAUGAUAUGCAAAGAGCUUUUAUAAGUCUUUAAAAAUGACUCAAGGCAAUAUUUCUGUAAAUUUCACCAAACAAAGGCAUGAAGCCGAUAGCCAUGGACUCUUUGACUGUUAUUAUAAAAUGUCAAUGUCUCAUCUUUAUUGCUUCAUGUGGUGUUCAAGUGUGGGGCCUGAAUCCGUGCUCUAAAUCGGUGAACUGCCUAACCUAAUACUUGCAUAACAAUUAAAAGCUCUCAGCAUCCUGAAAGUUUUUUUUAUUUUUUUUGUUCAAUUAUUUUAACCUAUGAAAUGCAUCCCAAUUGUACAGUUAAAUACACGGAGUGACCACUGAGAAAAAGUUGCACAUAACAAAACCGUUUGCAAACUGGGCAUAUUUUACAGUACAUAUAGUGAGUUCAUUAAAACAAUGUAGGCAGACAAUGGGACAGAAUGGAGUGUGUGUGUGUUAUUCAUAUUAUUAAUCAUAAAUCAUACUGAAUUUUAAUACAUACCAAUGUGUUAAACCAGUGUUGUCAAGAAAUAAGUAACACCUCUUGCUAAUAUUUCAUAAUGUAUUUUAAACAUAAUUCUAAUUAUUUUGCCUUUCAAAUGACUAACUAUUAAAUUGUAAUUAUACUGUAACACUUUAAUGUAGUUUUUUUUUGUAAUAAGGUGUACAGUGCAUUUCAGACAGAACAUGCUUUAUUAGAGAGUGUAUUCGUUUCAGGGUGUAUUCCUGGUUCUAUGCCUCUACAGGUGUACAGUAGCCGACUGCUGUUAUAUCAAUGUGGCGGUGUUCAUCUGUAGUAUGGACUUGUGAAAGUGCCUUUAAAUGCCGUUUUAGAGGAGCUUCAAGCCAAUGUCCUCUGUGCUGUCAUGCUCAUCGUUCAUAUGUGCACAGUACACAGGAAAAGACAGUGAAUGCAUUAUUGAUCAGUAGAAGCAAUCCGAUACCAUAUACCGCUUAUUCAUUGUGACAUUGCACUUUUAUGUACAAGACUGUAUAUAUGGCAUGCAACAUCCUAACAUGUUAUAGACCUUUUUUAUUCUUAUUUUGUUCUAUUUUAUUUGGGCAGAGCGCUGCUCUGGAUCCUGUCUUUCUAAUAAAGAACAUAGUUUGAUCA